CUUAGUCAAUAUUUAUCGAGUGUUUCGUUGUCAUUCAGGCUAAUUUGCCAUUCGAAAUUUUGGUUACUGUGAAACGUAAUUAUUUAGUUUUAGUUUAGUCGUGGUGAGUUAAGGUAGCCACAUAGCUUUCAAAUGGCAGUAAAUUGUAAAUCAGAAGAACCACUUCAAGCAAGAGUGCAGGAAUGGUUAGAAUGGGAUCGCAAUCCAGAUACCAGGGCGGCAAUUUCAAAAUUGGUUGACGAAAAUAAUACAAAAGCAUUAACCCAGAAGUUACUCAGUAGAUUAUCCUUUGGUACUGCCGGACUUAGAGGUAAAAUGAGUGCAGGUUAUUCUUGCAUGAAUGAUUUAGUUAUAAUUCAAACUGGGCAAGGAUUCAUCAAAUACUUGGAGCAAUAUAAGAGUGACGUUCUCAAGGGAAACGGUAUUGUUGUUGGCUAUGAUGGAAGACAUAACAGUAAGAGAUGGGCGGAAUUAACUGCUACUAUAUUUGUAAGCGCCGGGUAUAAAGUGCGACUGUUUAGUGAUGUUAUUCCAACACCAUUCAUUCCAUUUGCAGUUAAAAAGUACGGGUGUGCCAGUGGUGUUAUGGUGACAGCAUCUCAUAAUCCGAAGGAUGAUAAUGGCUACAAGGUAGGAAUAUUAUUUUUCUAGUAUAUACAGACAAAA